CCGAGGGCCGCUCCGGCGCGCCCCCGCCAGCCCGCGCGUGCGCGCGUGGUCCCGUCUGCGCCUUCUCGCGCGCGUGGGUCCGCGCCCGCGCCCCGGUGGCCCGCGCAGUGGUGCAGGCGGGGCGGGGUUCGUCCGGCUCCUGAGGGCAGUUGGGUAGCGCUGUACAAUGGAAAUCAGCCACUCUGUCAAAGAGCGCACCAUUGCUGAGAACAGCCUGGUCAUCCUACUCCAAGGUAUCCACGGCUAUGUCACCACAGUCGAUCUCCGCGACGAGAGCACAGCGCUGGGCCGCAUCACCAAUGUGGACGCCUUCAUGAACAUUCGCCUGGCUGAGGUGACCUUCACAGACAGGCAGGGCAGAGUCUCCCAGCUGGAUGACCUGUUUGUGACGGGCAGGAAUGUCCGCUAUGUCCAUAUCCCUGAUGAAGUGGAUAUCAAGGCCACAGUGGAGAAGCAGCUGCAGCUAAUCCACAAGGUGCGCUACUUUGGAGGCCGAGACAAAGGGAGAAAGGAAUUCCCUACAGCGAGACACAAAUAAACUCUCCUGGGCAUUGCCUGGAAUCCCCAGGGGGCUCUAAUGUGAAACGAUAGCUCUUAGCUCCCUUAUAACACCCCCGCCCUCCCCCCCCAACUUCUGUACUGGAAAUCUUCCUGUCUCUGUUACCGUUUUAGAGACGAGAACAAAUAUGUCUCAUCCUGAAAGAUCCCCUGGGCUUCUCUUUCAAAUCCCUCCUCUGUUUGUUUGUUACGGGGAUUUGGUUUUGGUUUCUUUGGGCAGCUUCCUGACAUUGGUGUUUUGGGGUUGGGGCGGAAUGCAGACAAGGGAUCAUUCAUAGGGGUUUAUUUUUAAUUUUUUUAAGGCCUCUGUGAGACCGUCUGGUGUGUUUCUUGCUGGUCUGGCAGGUUUUAGAUCCCGUCUCAUUCUUAGGUUGUU